UCUAGUGGACGGAACGCUUCUUUCAUCAUCAGCAACAGUUCGUCAGACACCUCGGUAGCUUGCUAGACAAAAUAGCCGAAACAAUACAUUACUUUAGAGGCUUUAGUGUAUAUUAGCCACUGUGUUUUAAACCCACUUCUAUCGUCUAGUUAGUUAUCCGAUUUUAUUUCAUAUUUACGGUGUUGUUAUUAUUCAGCUAGCGGGCUGGUUAAAUUAGCAUUAGCCUAGCUAGCUAACAUCCCCGACCAUGCGGUCACCAAGCUACUCUCCUUCUAAUGAAGAGAAGGAUAUCACAGUAAAUCAAGAAGUAGGGAGUGGGGCCGUUACUGUGAAAGAAGAGGAGGACGCGUUCAGAGUUAAAGACGAGGAAGAUAUCACAGUAAAACAAGAAGGGAGUGGGGCUGUUACUGUGAAAGAAGAGGAGGACGCGUUCAGAGUGAAAGAGGAGGAUGAUGUCACAGUAAAAGGAGAGGAAGAUGCAGUUUAUGGCGUGAAAGAGGAGGGGGAGGAGAUUACUUUCACAUCGAAAAAGGAGGAGGAGGAAGAAGUGGAGGCACCUGGAUAUCUGGGCCCAGGUUCCCAAACGCAUCUUAAGGCAUCCAAUGGUUCUAACGAUGAAUUUAGCCAUAAGAUGGUUUUGAGAAACCGUUCCCUGAUUAACACUAGAGAGAGACGGGACUACCGUGGAUCCUCUGGGGAGCCUCAACAACCUCAUGAUGCUGACAAGGCAGAGAAGAGUCUCUCCAGAUCAGAACCCCCCAAGAAACGCCUGCAGAGAUCCACAGGGAAGAGAACUCACUGCUGCUCUGACUGUGGGAAGAGAUUCACCUCAUCAGGCAUUACAAUUCAUCAGCGAACACACACAGGGGAGAAAUCUUAUAGCUGUGAUCAAUGUGGGAAGAGUUUUACUACAUCUGGCUCUCUGACUUUACACCAGAGAACACACACAGGAGAGAAACCUUAUAGCUGUACUCAAUGUGGGAAGUGUUUUACUCAGCUCAGCAGCCUAAUAACACACCAGAGAAUACACACAGGAGAGAAACCUUAUAGCUGUACUCAAUGUCGGAAGAGUUUUAAUAAUCCAUCCGGCCUGAUAUCACACCAGAGAACACACACAGGAGAGAAACCUUAUAGCUGUACUCAAUGUGGGAAGAGGUUUACUCAACAAUGCAACCUGAUAUCACACCAGAGAACACACACAGGAGAGAAAUCUUAUAGCUGUGAUGAAUGUGGGAAGAGUUUUGCCCAAUCUGGAGCGCUGACAGUGCACCAGAGAAUACACACAGGAGAGAAACCUUAUAGCUGUGGUCAAUGUGAGAAGAGUUUUGGUCAAUCUGGAGAUCUGAGAGUUCACCAGAGAACACACACAGGAGAGAAACCUUAUAGCUGUGGUCAAUGUGGGAAGAGUUUUGGUCAAUCUGGAGAUCUGAGAGUGCACCAGAGAACACACACAGGAGAGAGACCUUAUAGCUGUGAUCAAUGUGGGAAGAGUUUUGCCCAAUCUGGAGCGCUGACAGUGCACCAGAGAAUACACACAGGAGAGAGACCUUAUAGCUGUAGUCAAUGUGGGAACAGUUUUGCUGCAUCAAGAACUCUGACUCAACACCAGAGAAUACACACAAGAGAGAAAUCUUUUGUCUGUGAAUAAUGUGGGAAGAUUUUUGGCAAUCUGGCCAUCUGGUAUCACACCAGAGAGCACACACAGGAGAGAAAUCUUAUAGCUGUGAUCAGUGUGCCAAGAGAUACUUUAAUAAAAUAUCUCUGAUCAAACAUCAGAAAAUACAUACAUGAAGAAGUUGUUUCAUGAUAUCAAUGAAAAAAUGUCACAAUGUAGAAUGUUUUAACAUUGUAGUAGGAGUAUUUUAAUGACGUCACAAUGUAGAACCCUAAACAUUUGUCCCCUGUUCUAUUGAUGAGUUAUAACAAAUAAGUGUUGUGUUCCUUUGUUUAGUGACUCCUAAAUUUAAAUGCAUCACUCCAAAAUGUAGCUGACUAUCUUCUGCAGGUUGUCCUCUAACCAGUGAGGUAAAAGAUAUCUCCCAUUUCCAUGUGUUUUUUUAGUUGUGUUAGUUUCAACAGCACAUUCAACCUAAUUUCCCCUCUAAUCGAUAUCAGUGAUUUAUUGCUUCUUGUCAAAACAACAGCGUUUUUGGUGCUUGUGCAGUUUAUAAGGAGCUUGUUUUAAAAAAUACAAGAAAUAUGAUUAUUGUGGCAGAUGUUUGUCUAUAUAGCACAUUUUAUGUUUAGGUUUUCAAUUUAUCCCAAACUGUUUCUGAUAUUGGUUAUUGAUUUGGAGACGUUAAAACUGUGUUUUGACAUUGGGGAUAUCACACCUAGCAAAAUGUCAUUGAAAAGACGUUGAAAAUAAGACUAUGUAACCGAAUAUUUCAUAUUUACAUUUCAUGUAACAUUUAGUAAUCAUAAUUAUUUAUGCAACCAACUGACAAUUUUUGGGUACAAUUAUAUUGACGUUGUUGCCCUGCUUUUAAAAUAUCAGGGUUAAUUUUCCAGCCUGCUGAAGGUGUGGUGGAGUGGUAAACACCACCCCCUGCUCUCCCAGCUUGAGGUGGUCUCCCACAGCUCUGCUUAUGUCAUGUUCUGUGGCCUUGCCGUUCCAUUUCUUGACUGCCCCUGUAACACAGAAAUAAAUACAUUUAGUCAAAUUAUAUAAAACAUUAAAA